CAUGAGAGACGUGAAUUUGGAAACACCAGCAAAUUUUGUCUAUCAAUUGAAUAUCUGGGCGCUUGAGUCGAUUUCCUACAUCACAAUGGACAUGCGAUUGGGUCUGCUGACUGAAAAACCAGAUCCGAUUGUUGACAAACUUAUGCUUGCACUGAAGGACUUUUUCCAAUUGUCAUACGAACUUGACUUCCAACCGUCGGUGUGGAAAAUCUACAAAACCCCCAAAUAUAGUCGCUUUAUAGAAACAAUGGAUUUCAUGAAUGAGUAUGAAGACUUUUCUCUAUACUUCCAUCCAGAGUUAAGAUUAUUAUUUUUCCAUAGGACAGUUGGAAAAUUUGUUGACAAAGGCGUGUCAAAUCUUAUGAAGAAGGAUAAAAAGGAUGGCGACAAAACUAAAGAUGAUAGCAUUCUUGAAAAGCUGUACGAAAUCGACAAGAAUUUCGCAGUCAGUAUGAUAUUGGACUUUAUGUUAGCCGGAGUUGACACAACUUCAUCCGGAGUGUUUAUGGUUCUCUACAACUUGGCAACAAAUCAGGAGAAGCAGGAUAUUUUGAGGGAGGAAUUGCUGAAGAUCCUUCCAGAGAAGGACACGCCAUUGACCAAGGAAAAGAUGAGCAGCUUGCCUUACUUGAGAGCCUGCGUAAAGGAAGCUCUGAGAGUGACUCCAGUGGCGAUAGGAAAUAUUCGAACAACAGGGAGAAACAUUGUCCUGAAGGGAUAUCAAAUCCCAAAGAAAACUGACGUGCUUAUGAACAAUCAAGCUGUUCACUUAGACGAAAAGUACUUCCCUCAGCCAAAUUCCUUCCUUCCCGAACGCUGGUUGAGGUCAGAAGAGAAGCACGAGAAUUACAAUCCUUUUUCGUAUCUUCCUUUCGGUUUUGGCAGUCGUAAUUGCGUCGGACGAAGAUUUGCCGAAAUGGAAAUUGAAUCCUUGGUCACGAGAUUGGUGAGAAACUAUCAUCUCGAGUGGCAUCAUCCUGCACCAGAGAUUCACUUUCGGACUCUGUAUAUCCCUCACGGGGUCCUUAAGUUGCGUCUUCGAGAAUUGGUUGAAUAAUUUCAUUUGUGUUUUUCAGACAUAAUGUACAAAUAAAUAGAUUUAUUUAAGAAUAAGAAAAUUAAUAUGCUUUGAAGUAAUUCUUAGAUAUAAAUGAUUGUUAAUUGAAUCAGUUCUUGUAAUGUUUCUUCUCAUUUUCCAAGGGAUUUUCUUCGUAAGUAAGUUGGUUCAACGUCUAUCAUUAAUAAAAAUAGCUCUUAAGGCAUAAAAAUAGGGCAAAUUCAUGAGAUUAAGCAUAAUGAUG